UUGUCUACUAAAUUCUCCCCUGAAUUCAUUGUAAAUGUGCCACUUGCUUCGUCUGGCUUGUCUGACCUGAGUGUUACAUAUAUGUAAUAUGUUUUAGGGAUACCAUGAUGUGCGUGAUCGAAUGGUGCAUAGAUCCUCCAGCCAAAGCUCCAUCAGUUCUCCCAGUUACACUCGUCACUGCUAUACUCCCACUGUGGCUCGCUCUCCACAGCAUUUUCACAGACCUGCUCCUUCAUUUUACAUAGGCACUGAGCCAUCCAGUGGGCGGAACUCCCCUCUCCCUAGUCGGUCAGAGAGCAGGCCUCUAACACCAUCUUAUGUUCAGGCCCCCAAACAUUUCCAUCUUCCAGACCAAGGGAUUAAUAUCUAUAGAAAGCCUCCGAUCUACAAGCAAUAUGAUGCAGCUGCAAUGGCAGCACAACUCAAGACAGGCGUGGAGAUCAUCAAGUCAUCCAAGUUCCCAGCUGCCCAGGCUCCAGAUCCUGAUCAAACAUCUGAGGUGGAGGCUGACUACUGGCCAGGUUCAGGUACCAUAGGAGCAGAUAGGAGGCGGGGGAGUGAACGAGAAGAGGAGGAUGAGGAAAAGCUCAGACGUCGACAACUCCAGGAGGAGCAACUCAGCAAAAUCCAGUCAGGCCUUGGGAAGCUGAUCCUGAAGGAAGAGUUGGAAAAGGAGAAGCAAGCCCGAUUAGCAUCUCAAGCUCUCUCUGCUGACGUCCAGUUCAGACAUCGUUAUGAUUCAGCAGGGAAUGCAU